CCCCGCGCCCCGCCCUCGGGGAGGAGCCGCCGCGGGCCUCGCCCCAGAUCGCCGAGGCCUGCGCUCGCCGCAGAGCUGCGGACUCGGCUGCGCGCGCCAGCGCCCUCGGGACAAGAUGAAUUUGCAACUGAUCAUCUGGAUUGGACUGAGCAGUUCAGUUUGCUGUGUACUUGGCCAAACUGAUGAAAAUAAGUGUUUAAAAGCAAAUGCCAAAUCAUGCGGUGAUUGUAUACAAGCAGGGCCAAAUUGUGGAUGGUGUACAAAUUCAACAUUUUUGCAAGAAGGAAUGCCCACUUCUGCACGAUGUGAUGACUUAGAAGCCUUAAAAAAGAAGGGUUGCCACCCAGAUGACAUAGAAAAUCCCAGAGGCUCCAAAAAGAUCAAGAAAAACAAAAAUGUGACCAACCGCAGCAAAGGCACAGCAGAGAAGCUCCUCCCAGAAGACAUCACUCAGAUACAACCGCAGCAGCUGGUCUUGCAGUUACGGUCAGGGGAGCCUCAGACAUUCAAAUUAAAAUUCAAGAGAGCUGAAGACUAUCCUAUUGAUCUCUACUACCUGAUGGACCUCUCGUACUCUAUGAAAGAUGAUUUGGAGAAUGUGAAAAGUCUUGGAACAGAUCUGAUGAAUGAAAUGAGGAGGAUCACUUCAGACUUUCGGAUCGGGUUUGGGUCAUUUGUAGAGAAAACUGUGAUGCCUUAUAUCAGUACAACACCAGCCAAGCUCAGGAACCCUUGCACAAGUGAACAGAACUGCACCAGCCCAUUUAGCUACAAAAAUGUGCUUAGUCUUACCGAUAAAGGAGAAGUAUUUAAUGAGCUUGUUGGUAAACAGCGCAUAUCUGGAAAUUUGGAUUCCCCAGAAGGAGGCUUUGAUGCAAUUAUGCAAGUUGCGGUUUGCGGAUCCUUGAUUGGCUGGCGGAAUGUCACCCGGCUGCUAGUGUUCUCCACAGAUGCUGGCUUUCAUUUUGCCGGAGACGGAAAGCUCGGUGGCAUUGUUUUGCCAAAUGAUGGUCAGUGUCACCUCGAAAAUGAUGUGUAUACGAUGAGUCAUUACUAUGAUUACCCUUCCAUCGCUCACCUUGUCCAAAAGCUUAGUGAAAAUAACAUUCAGACGAUUUUUGCAGUCACUGAGGAAUUUCAGCCUGUUUACAAGGAAUUGAAAAAUUUGAUCCCUAAAUCAGCAGUAGGAACAUUAUCUGCAAAUUCUAGCAAUGUCAUUCAGUUGAUCAUUGAUGCAUACAAUUCUCUUUCCUCAGAGGUCAUUCUGGAGAACAGCAAGUUGCCAGAAGGAGUGAAAAUUAGUUACAAGUCGUACUGCAAGAAUGGGGUGAAUGGAACUGGGGAAAAUGGGAGGAAAUGCUCAAAUAUUUCCAUUGGAGAUGAGGUUCAAUUUGAAAUAAACAUAACUUCAGAUAAAUGCCCAAGUAAGAAUCCUGAAACAAUUAAAAUUAAGCCUCUGGGCUUCACUGAAGAGGUAGAGAUUAUUCUUCACUUCAUCUGUAAUUGUGAGUGUGAAAAGGAAGGCAUCCCUCACAGUCCAAAGUGUCACGACGGAAAUGGAACUUUUGAGUGUGGAGCUUGCAGGUGCGACGAGGGACGUGUUGGCAGACACUGUGAAUGUAGCACCGAUGAAGUGAACAGUGAAGAUAUGGACGCUUACUGCAGGAAAGAAAACAGUUCAGAAAUCUGUAGUAACAAUGGAGAGUGUGUCUGUGGACAGUGUGUUUGUCGGAAGAGGGAUAAUACGAAUGAAAUUUAUUCUGGCAAAUUCUGCGAGUGUGAUAAUUUCAACUGUGAUAGGUCCAAUGGCUUAAUAUGUGGAGGGAAUGGUGUUUGCAAGUGUCGGGUGUGUGAAUGCAACCCCAACUACACUGGCAGUGCGUGUGACUGUUCUUUGGAUACUACUUCAUGCAUGGCCACAAAUGGACAGAUCUGCAAUGGCCGAGGCAUCUGUGAGUGUGGCGCCUGUAAAUGUACAGACCCAAAGUUUCAAGGACCAACAUGUGAGAUGUGUCAGACCUGCCUUGGUGUCUGUGCUGAGCAUAAGGAAUGUGUCCAGUGCAGAGCCUUCAAUAAAGGAGAAAAGAAAGACACAUGUGCACAAGAGUGCUCACAUUUUAACAUUACCAAGGUGGAAAAUCGAGACAAAUUGCCUCAGCCUGGCCAGUUUGACCCCCUCUCCCACUGUAAGGAGAAGGAUGUGGACGACUGCUGGUUCUAUUUCACAUACUCGGUGAAUGGGAACAACGAGGCCAUUGUUCAUGUUGUGGAGACUCCAGAGUGUCCCACUGGACCAGACAUCAUUCCAAUUGUAGCUGGUGUGGUCGCUGGAAUUGUUCUCAUUGGCCUUGCAUUGCUGUUGAUAUGGAAGCUUUUAAUGAUCAUUCACGACAGAAGGGAAUUUGCCAAAUUUGAAAAGGAAAAAAUGAAUGCCAAAUGGGACACGGGUGAAAAUCCUAUCUACAAGAGUGCCGUGACAACUGUCGUCAAUCCGAAGUAUGAGGGAAAAUGAGCAAUACCUGUGCAAAUUUCUCAACACUGAAGGAAGAGUAGUAAUUUUCAUAGUCACAGUUAGGUAGCUUUAGGGCAAUAUUGUCGAGUUUUGAAAAUGUACAAUAUGUAUAAUUUAAAAGACUUUUAUUGUUUUGAAAAUAAUGUUAUAAUCAAUGCCAGGGACUGACAAAAGACUUGAGACAGGAUGGUUAAUCCUUGUCAGCUAAGGUCACAUUGUGCCUUUUUGACCUUUUCUUCCUGGACUAUUAAAAGUCAAGAUGUUAAGAUUUACUUAAUCUUGGUAACUUUUAUGCCUUCUCUUUUAAAAUUGAAACCUUAGGUAAAGUUAAAACCUUGGGUAAACUCCUUGGAAGAGUCACUGCAAAAAUAUCUCUGAUUCAGCAUUAUUCAUAUAAGGGCCUUAAUUUGUGGAAUAUUGUUGAAUUAGGGACCUUGGGGUUGAAUUUCUUUGUGUUUGAUUCAUUUAUUUUAUGUAAAGCCUGGUGCUUUUUUUUUUUAUCACUUUAUCUAAUCUUUUAAUGUAUUGUUUGUAGUUUGGGUGUGAGACUUUUAGUGCUAUUCCUUUGAUGUUUUGGCUGUAAAUUUGCCUUUCAGGGACACGUGAAGGUGCUGGUGGUUCCCCAGCAGCUCUCACUGUGCUCUCAGCUAGUGCCCUAACAGACCGCCGUCCACUUCUCACUGCUUGUUUUACCCAUUUUAUUUCCUUCUAGCCACAUUUUUUGUUUAAAGUGCCUUUUAGUUUUAAUAGUUCACUUUUUACAAUGCUGUUUACUGAAGUUAUUUAUUAAAUAAAAUACCUAAAAUAUUUAAAUGGUAUGUUUUUGCUCUAUAAUAUUUUGCCAAUUCAUGCAUAAAAUUAUUAAUUUUUUGCAUAACAUUUUUAUAGCUUAAAGAAACUGAUGAAAAAUAUAUUUGUUAAGAAAAAAAGGCUGGGAACACGAGACAUAGAGAGAGGGAUGAAUUGAAAAGCAUUUUCAGAUUAUCUUUGGAUUUUUUAAUUGAUACGGAAUAAAAGACUUGUCACUACUUCUCUACCCCCUCACACAUUCACGUGCCAGGAGAUAGGGAUCUCCGUGCUUUAAGUAGAACCAACUCUGUGACUAUCAUGUUAGAGCUUCAGCCAAAGACUGCAAAGCCUGUACUUUCUUGGGUUUGGUUUAGCUUUUAGGCCACUCUGGUGGUGCUCAGGGCUCACUCCUGGCUGUACUCGGGGAACUAUAUGCGGUGCCACGGAUAGAAUCUGGGUCAGCCCAACACAAGGCAAGUGCCCUACCUCCUGUCCUGUCACUUGGGCCCGUCUGUAAGUUCUAUACUUCUAUUUAAGGUACAGAGAAUUUUUUUUUCUGGAUAAAAUUUCAUUUUCAUGUGGAUUUUAUUGGAUUUUAUGUUACUGUCUAUAUUUACGAUACUUAUAUACAAUCUAUAAAAAUACAUAAAGCUUGUUAAAAGAAAUGUAUGCUCUUUUAGAACAUAUAACAAAUAUCAGGUUGAUUUGUGGAAGAGGAUAAGUUUUUACUUUACCAUUUUCUUACAUUUACAGUGCCUCUUUACAGUUUUAAAAAUCAGUAUCCAUUUGAUUUAUUUCAUUUAAGUAUCUUUCCUAGUUUAGAAUAACUACCCUUUAGUUAAGGUAAACAUUUCAACUAGUUUGUAAGUUCUUUGAGAAAAAUGAUCUUGUGCAUGUAUUGAAUCCUAAUCCUUCAUUUUCUAUUUCCUGUUACUCAUUAGUCCUAAGUUUCUAUGACUCAUUUACAUGCCUUAGUAGAUAAAAUUAACUGAAUUGAACUACAUAUUCUGCUCUAAAAGCUGGCUUUUAUGUUUUUUUUCAAUACUAUAAGAACAAAAUAUUUUCUAUGUAUAGUUUGUUUUCCUGACACUGUGUCCUUGAGAAAUGAAAUGUGGUAAAUUUUUAGAUUUUAUAAUAAUUUUUCAAACAGGCUAUCUAACUAUAGAAAUCCUUCUAUUUGAAAACUGGAAGAAUUGUGGAGGGCUUUUUCUGAUGGUCACUGUAAGCGUCAGCGGCAUUUGAAUAAUUUUUAGACUUAAAAUUGGAAAUUUCAAAAUAUGACUAGAUUUACAGUUAAAGUUGUUGAAGCUGUGGAACUUUGUCAUUAAAAUGUAUUUUAUUUUUCUAAACAGUUUAUUUUGACAUCUAGUGAAACUCUUCCCCCCAAAAUGGAGACUCCUGGAAGUAAACUGUUAACAGUUUAUUCAGAUUUUCUACUAGAAAAAAUUUACAAAGUAUCAUAUUUUGUUCAUAUGUCACUUCAAAUAUCAGUAGUGGCAUAUUUUGAAGAUUCCCUGAUAUGUUACAGAAUUUUCUUAUGCUUUCUCAGUGUAUAAUUGUGAAUUUUUUCAAUAAAGAUGCCCAAAUAUGUAAGAUUUUAACUGCAAGAACAGUUAAUCAUAAAUCUUUAAAAAAGAAAUCACUAAGGUCAAGUUUAUUUUAACCUGGAGUUGGCAUUUUCUUCUUUGUUGUCCCCCGGAGAUGUAACCCUUAAGAGAGGCUGCUUGCCUAUAGUUUAUGGCCCUUCUUCUUGGAGACUUGGGUAUUUCUUACCUGGACCCUAAGUUCUUCAGAAACAGUGACUCUGUAGAGCUGGAGAGAUAGGACAGUGGGCAGGGUGCUGGUCUAGCCUUUGGCUGAUCCAGGUUUAGUCCCCAGUACCCACCAGGUGUGGUCCCUUAGCACAGAACUAGGAGUAAGCUCUGAGCACUGCUGGCUGUGUCCCAAAGACCAAAAAAGAAAAAAAGUGACUCCCAAGAUUCUUCUUACCUUAUAAAGAGACUUCACUGGCUAGUUAGACUAUUCUCAUAUUUCAGGAUUCUUUGAAUUGAGGGCUCCAUAGAAUUGGCUUUUGAGUUGUCAUUUUUUUUCAAUUGGAGUAGAGCAAGAUUAGCUCAUUCAGCCUCUGCAACUGUGAGGGUAGUAUGUUAGCUAAACUCUAGCUUCUUAAGUUGUGGAUUGUGACCCGAGAUGGGAUCCAUGUACCUUUAAUUUUUUUAAAUUCUGUAUUUUUUACUGAUAUGAUUUGUAUACCCUUUUCAUACAUCUUUAUAUCCAAGUCAUAAAAUUUCUUGUGGAAAAAGGGGUUGUAAAUGGAAGUUUCAGGAGCCCUCAUCUAAACCAGAACUACUAAUAGGGUGAGACAUGAGACAAAUAAAUAAUCCACUAAUAAUGACAGUUUUGAUAUUUAUUUCCUUCGUUGAUUUCCCUAAGACUUCACUGGAUUUUAUUUAAUAUCUGAUAGGAAAUUUUCAAAAGUAUAAAAUUUCCAUAAAAGGUUAUUAGUGGUAUUUAAUUUUACUUAACUUUCACUGAAGUAAAUUACUUUUUAGGCUGAUGUCCUAGUCAACUGUCAUUCUAAGGGCUGGGAGAGUGUACAGUCGGCAGGGCUCUCACCUUGUAGGAAGCAGACCUGGCUUAAUCCCCAAUAGAUGGUCUCAGGAGUGAGCUCUGAGCACUGUUGGCUGUGCCCCCAAACCACCACCAACACCACAAAAAAAGUAAUUAUAAAGUACUCAUAUAUUAGACAGUGUUAACUAAGAAUCCAUUGUUAGUGGAAACAUUGUUCAACAUAUUUAAAUGAUAAUUCAUUAUUUGUAAUAGUUUAGAAGGCAGUGUGCAGAAAUCAGUGUUGUUGACUUACUGAUAACAAUGUUAUAUUAAUGAACUUACUGAUGGGUUAUUAUCAACACUUAUGUCUCUUUCAAUAGCUAGCUAAUUGCCUUCUUAGCAACCCUUUAAAAAACGACUUAAUCAUACUGCCUCAACACUCCCAGUUCUUUUUUCAGAUCUUCAAGCUUUCCACACACAUACUUUGUUCUCAGUGCCCCUAGAUUUGAUAGCUCUGUGCUUAUAGGAACUGGGGGGAGGACGGGUUUGUUCUGUGUUGGCAGUGCCAGGAAUCAAACGGAGGGCAUCACACAUGGAAGGCAAAGUGCUCUACUACUGAGCCACCCCCUUGCCCCCGAAUCUGAGUGUUUGAUUCAUUACUGCAUCUUUAGAAUGAUGUCUGACAGAACUCACUGACCAACUUUCAAUUCAGAUUGAAGGGCUGGGCUUUUCAGAAAAGCAAAAGCUAACAAUUCCUUACUAAAAUGGUCUUUUAGGAAUAUGUAGAGGAGCUUGCUCCUUAAACUCGUGUUCUUCCUUGAACACUACUUUGAAAACAUUUCCCCACUUUCUCCUCCCAAACAUUCUCCUCCCAUAUCUUUCUAAGUAAGUUUCAUUCAAUAAAAACUAUUUUAUUUUCAUUAAGAGAAAAGAAAAAAUAUAGAAAAGAUUUAAGCUCAAUAAAAGGGGAGGCAGAAAAUGAUAACAAGAAAAUAUCAAAGUAAAAACCUUACUAGUAAAGAAUAAAUAAAAGUAAUGAAUCGAUCACUUAUAAACUUAUAGAUAAGUUUAUGGUAUGAUUAUAUCUCAGUCUUUUGUGCAUAACAUUUGUUUCUUCUCAUUUGACAACAGUUACUCAGUUGGUUUUCAGGAUAUUUAGUUCUAAUUCAAGCCUAACUAUGCAUUUAGUCUCUGAAAUGAAGGGACUUCAGGAUUUGCCUAUAUUACUGUCUUGCACCAGACCAUUGAAUUACCUUAUUCAGUGAACAAAAAACACAUUAUGAUUCUUGUGUAUUGUUUUAUACAAUAAAAACUUUUUAAUCUUUAAA